UCCAGCGAAGUCUUAUAUUUUACCAUUCCGCGUAUAUAAUAAAGCUAAAUUUAAACAGCAACAAUAAGAUCUCCCCCCAGUGGAUCCCUUGAACCUUUCGGGAAAACGCAGGUUUUUACUCGACAGGAAGAAGACACAGCAUCCAAUCGGCACUUGUGUCUCAAUGACCAAUCAAAUUUCGCCUUACAUUGCGUCGCUGGGAAAAACGCAGCUGGACGACUUCGCCUCCCGGCCUGCGGCGGCUGCUGCUACCUGGGUGGGCCCUCAGCUCUGGGGCUGUCUUUGUUACCUGGGCACUAAGGGACGAGCAGUUCAGCCCUCGUCUGUGCUUGCUGGAUUUGUUUGUGUUUGUUCCCAGCCACUGCUCAUGUAAUGCACUCCCUUAACCAGGAAAUUAAAGCAUUCUCCCGGAAUAAUCUCAGGAAGCAACGCACCAGGGUGACAACGCUGACUGGAAAGAAAAUUAUAGAAACAUGGACAGAGGCCAGAAUUCAUGUUGUGGAAGAAGUAGAGCCGAGCAGUGGGGGUGGUUGUGGUUAUGUGCAGGACCUUAGCUCGGACCUGCAGGUUGGCGUUAUUAAGCCAUGGUUGCUCCUAGGGUCACAAGAUGCUGCUCAUGAUUUGGAUACACUGAAAAAACACAAGGUGACUCAUAUUCUUAAUGUUGCAUGUGGAGUUGAAAAUGCUUUCCUCAAUGACUUUACAUAUAAGAGCAUUUCUAUACUGGAUCUGCCUGAAACCAACAUCCUGUCUUAUUUUCCAGAAUGUUUUGAAUUUAUUGAAGAAGCAAACAGGAAGGAUGGAGUGGUUCUUGUUCAUUGUAAUGCAGGAGUUUCCAGGGCUGCUGCAAUUGUAAUAGGCUUCCUAAUGAAUUCUGAGCAAACCUCAUUCACCAGUGCUUUUUCUGUGGUGAAAAAUGCAAGACCUUCUAUAUGUCCAAAUUCUGGCUUUAUGGAGCAGCUUCGUACAUAUCAAGAGGGCAAAGAAAGCAAUAAGUGUGACAGAAUACAGGAGAACAGUUCAUGAGUUGCAUUGUAGCAGACGAUGGACAACUGUAGUUUCUGAAUUUGCUUCUAAAGCCAUCUUUUCCCUUUUUUGGAAAGUAGACUAGCAAAACUCCUUUUUUCCCUCUUGUCUUUUUAAAGCAUAAAUGGAGGUCAAUUUGAUUGUCCUGAACUGUAUAAAUAAAUUUCAAAUGUCAUUACUUUCUCUGUUAUUAUAAUGUGUGAUUAAAUGCUUUUGUAAAUUGCUAAGAGAAAAUAA